AUGUUUCCGCUGCUUUACAACCAACUUCUGUUGGUAGGUGUCCCGCAUUUGGCCCAUAGAAAAAGCCUCUGCUCAAUUCAAAGCUUCAGCUUCGCCAUCAUCCCCGACGUCAUCACAACUGUGACGCAUGCUAAUCUCCAACGAGCAUAUUACCAACCAAAGCUCCUACCGAUAGAGGUCCAAAUGAUGGUCCUAAAGCUGCUCCAAUCUCACAACAAUGGCGGCACCACGAGCAAUUAUGCGGCUGUUUCGAAAGAAUGGCAGCUAUAUUUCGAGACAUUCAAUUUUCGGCGCCUAAUUCUAGGACAGUCAUGCAUCCAAGAGUUCAGUCGAAUCGUCCGCCAACAUCGGAGGGGGAUGGUUAAGCACGUUUGGCUACGAGUGAAACUCGCUCGAUACCUCUGUCCCGCCUGCGAAUGGCCCGAGAAGCCGCUCGAGAUUAUAGAGAAUAAUCAGAUUUUCACUGCAGCUUUAUAUCGAUUACUCGAUAUUCUCAGUUCCUGGAAGAAAAGUGGUCAGCAUGGCGUUUCUAAUGGAGGACUGGUCUUGGAGCUCAGCGCUUAUUCGCCCAGCGAUUCGGAGCAUCAUUUCCGUUAUCCUCUUGGCAAGGACGAUUAUCCUCACAAAUACGAUGAAAACAGUAUCGUAGACGAUACUGUAAAAUUUGGACCCCUAGAGGAUUCUCCAGAAAAUUCUCUUUCUGAAGAUAAUAUCACUCACGAGUUUUCUCAUAUGCCGUACCUCGGCAAAACUCGAGGAGCAUGCCGCCUCUUUGGGAGUCUAAUUAAACUCGAUUAUAGGAGACUCGACAUUCCAAAGGCAAAUAGAAGGCUUCCAGGUGUUUCGGUUGUCAAGGGAUUACUUCAUCGCCGACGAUACCCGAGAAGCUUCCAUCCUGAUACACUACGGAAGAUUUUCGAGAGCUUACAUGGCCUGGAAAACAUGAUGCUGGAGCCUUUAAUCCAGGACUAUCCAUGUCUCGAUAAAAAUGCUCAACGCGGAUUUGACGUUUUCUUGCGACAGAUUGGUUCUCUCAAACGUCUUUCCAUCUAUGGGGAUCACGAGUAUUAUGGGAAAAACAGAUAUAAGCCAUACGGAAUGCUGCCCUCUUUAGGAUGGACAUUAGCGGACGAGAGCCACUCAUUGGAGCAUCUGUCAAUCGCCUUUCUCGCUGACGCAAAGGAUUUCUUUCGAGAUUUCUGGCCAGGCUAUGCGCCAAAGUCAGUCGACAUAUCACGCAGCGGAGUACAAAGAGCUCUUAUGUCUCAUCUAUCAUCUUCCCAGCGUCGUGCCAUAGGCAAACCCCGCAAGUCACCGGAUUUCGAACGAAGACUCUCCAAGGAAUUCAAGCUUAUUAGUGGGAAACAAAGAAUCCCUUACUCCAUCUAUAAACCUACAUGGCCAAACCUGGAAUCAUUGGCACUCACCUCGUCACUCUUGGACGAAGGCACCGAUAGCGAGAGUAUCAACAACCUCCUUCGAGCCGCAGCAGGCGCUGCUCUGAAGAUGCCUAAGUUACAGAUCAUGGAAAUGUUCAACGAAAGAAGUAGCAGUAUUUUCAUUUUUCAGUACUGUCGCAACCUUGCGGGAAUUCCCACAAUCACUCCCUCCAGCACUUGGCAUCACCCUCUGGAGCCGGAGGUAUCAUACAAAAACACCUGA